UGCCAGCCUCAGUCGUCUAGUAAACCGUGGUGAGAUAAGAACUGUGCUCGGCUUCUCUGCCGCAAAUACUUUCCUCGAUGGCACCGAAAAUUCCAAGUGUGUUCUUCAAAAAUGGUGCCUCCAUACCGGUGUUAGGCCUCGGCACAUGGAAUUCACCACCGGGGCAGGUUACUCAAGCGGUAAAAGAUGCGAUCAGCGUCGGCUACCGACACAUCGACUGUGCUCACGUAUACGAGAACGAGCACGAAGUAGGCGCUGGUAUUGCUGCCAAAAUCGAGCAAGGAGCCGUCAAACGCCACGAUCUAUUCGUCACAAGCAAGCUGUGGAAUACGUAUCACCGGCCGGAUCUAGUAAAAGGCGCGCUGCAGACGACGCUACGCAAUCUUAACCUCAAAUAUCUCGACCUGUACCUCAUCCAUUGGCCACAGGCAUAUCAGGAAGGUGACGUCCUGUUUCCACUACGGCCGGAUGGGAAGCGUGUUCACUUUUCCGACGUGGACUACGUCGAUACUUGGCCCGAGCUGGAGAGUCUCGUCGAUGCGGGUCUCGUGCGCAACAUUGGACUGUCCAACUUUAACGUGCAACAGGUGAAGCGCAUUCUGGACGUGGCUAGAAUCGCUCCCGUUACCAAUCAGAUCGAAUGCCAUCCUUACCUACAUCAGACAGAGCUUAGGGAGUUCUGCAACGAGCAAGAAAUCAUCAUCACGGCUUACAGCCCACUAGGAUCGCCAGCCCGGCCCUGGGUUAAGCAGGACGAUCCUAUCCUGAUGAUGGACCCCAUCGUGAAAAAGCUGGCCAAGAAGCACACCAAAUCACCGGCCCAGGUGCUGAUCCGCUAUCAGAUACAGCUCGGUAACGUGGUUAUACCGAAGUCGGUCAGCAAACAGCGCAUUGCUGCCAAUGCGGAGGUUUUCGACUUUGAGCUGGGUGUGGACGAUAUGCUACAACUUUCCGAACUGGAACGCAGUGGACGCAUCUGUCCGGAAUCGUUUAGCUUCGGCCAUCAGCAUCAUCCUUUCGAGGAGGAGUUCCGUAAAGGUCGUCAGUGAUAUAUUGCAACGCCACCGGUACGCGGUAAAAGUGUUUUAUGCUGCUGUUAAACGAUUCUUGUGCUUUGUUUAAUAAAUUGUCAUACAGACACACACACACACACACACACACACGCAUAACUUGAUUAUGUCCAGUGUCUACAGGCACGUCAA